CAGAACUAUGCAAACAACGUYGGUUAUUGACCGAAGAGGGGAGGCUGCGCUUGGUAAACGUUUCUCUCUUGACAGUGUCAAUUGAGUGAGUGCGAGUGUCGAGACAUACAUACCAUACCGGCUCUUCGAUUUUCAACUUUACGCAUAGAAUUUGGAACAAACCGUCAGAUCUGGAUUAAAAUCCUUAUUUUGAACAUGAGGCUGUGUGUUGCUGGGACUUGACAGCAGCUGAUCCUCCACUGUGGCAGACAGAAUGAUGCUGCCCACUCCCUGUUACUCACCCAAAGCUACUAACAGGUGUCCCCCCCAGCUGAUCUGCUGCCGUAGAGAGUUCCAGAACACUCCAGAGGAAGAUGACGAAACCUCUACCCCCUGCCCUGAUCUCCACCCCGACCUCCGCUCUGACCUCCGCUCUGACCUCUGCCCCGACCUCCACCCCGACCUCCACCCCGACCUCCAGCGUGAUGACCCCAGCUCCAUGGCUGGCUCCGCCUUCAGCAGUCGGAGGGCGGGGCCCAGCUACACGCCGUAUCAGCCUCCUGUAGGCCUCCCAGUCGGGUACAGCCAGCCUACCCCGUUCCCCAGCCAGGCUGAUGGCUCCUGGCUUCACCCCAGCUACACCAGCGCCUGGUCUGGUCCUGGACCUGCUUACCCCAGCAGCCUGCCCUCCUGCCUCACCCCCCCAAACUACCCCAGCUACCCAGGGGAGAGCUGYUACUCCCGGGGAAGGUCCCUGCCGGGCCGUUACAGCCCUAGUAUGACCAGCCUGGAGCAGCCUCACUCCCUUCACUCCACCCCCCCCUCAGCAGGCCUCUACCACCACUCUCUGACUCCAUAUACCUGCUGUGCCCAGUGCCCUGGGGAUGGCUUCAACAUGGGCCACUACCACAGCCCCCGGCCCAUCGCUGGUUACCGCCUACCCUCCAGGCCCAUGUAUAACUACAGACUGCCAGGUGCAGGCGACGUGCAAAGUGGCCACAUGAGUCCCCAUCCUAACCCCUGCAGUGCUCCGCUCUCUGUGGAACAACCCUUCAGUGCCCCGCUCUCUGUAGAACAAAGUAAGUACAUGAGUCCCCAUCCUAAACCCUGCAUAGAUUCGGGGCAUAAUGUGCAGACAGGGAUCGACAUGUUUGAGCAGCAGUUCCGGAGCAUCAGUAAGAUCGACUUCAUGGAGCGGUACCUCAGCGAG